AUGGAGCUGGCGUUGAAGCAGGAGCUUCACAAGACCACCGCGGGCUUGAGGGAACAGUUCCGACGUCAGAUGGAGGUGGAGCGGAAUGAAGCGCAACAGCGCAGUGCAGCGAUGGACCGCGCUCUCAGUCGCUUGCGCGAAGAUUUCGAAGCCUUCAGCCAGCAGGAUCCCACGAGUCGUUUGAGAACCAUCUCUGACAACCAGGCCCAGGCCGAGGCCUCCGUGCGUUUGGAGUUGGACGCCAUGCGCUGCAGCAUGGAGGACCUCCAACGGCACUGUGCAGAGGAGUUGUCCAUGCGACUGGCGACUUUUGACGCAGAGAAGGAACAGCUCUUGACCUUGAUGAAGAAGCUCUCAGAGGAUGUGCGCGGGCACAAGGAGCAGCUGGCGGCUUUGGAGGCGGUGCGGAUGUUCUUUUCAAGGUGCCAUGAAGCACAUCGAGGGCUUGAGGCAGGACGUGAGGCGGAUGGAUGA